AUGAAAGGAUGGAAGGGUUGGGGGUCACGGGGCGGUUUUCGAGAAAGUGCUGACGAUAUAUUUAUAAAAUCUAUCUAUUUCAAUCUCCCUUCCUCCCAAUCUAUCUAUCUAUCUAUCUAUCUAUCUAUCUAUCUAUCUAUCUAUCUCUCUCUCUCUCUCUCUAAAUGGAAGAAGAGAGAAGAGGCACAUAACUAUCUAUCUAUCUAUCUAUCUAUCUAUCUAUCUAUCUAUCUAUCUAUCUAUUACUUUUUCUUUCUCAAUGUUUACACAUAUGCAUCUAUCUAUCACAAUCUGCUGAUAUCUAUCUAUCUAUCUAUCUAUCUAUCUAUCUAUCUGUCUAUCUAUCUGAUCCAUUACAUUCACUUAUUCAUGUAUCGAAAGAUGCAUGAUCGCCUAAGCGUGUAUCAGGCAAGGCACAUAACUAAUCUAUCUAUCUCAGAAUGUUUACACAUAUGCAUCUAUCUACCACAAUCUGCUGAUAUCUAUCUAUCUAUCUAUCUAUCUAUCUAUCUAUCUAUCUAUCUAUCUAUCUGA